CCCUCCUCCUCCCUCUCUCUCUCUUGCAUGGGCUCCUAAUUUGGGAUUUGUUUAAAAGCAGGACUGCGCCUCAAGAAGACUUUUUCCUUGCCGGGGGAAAGGGAACCCGGCUCCCUCUCUCUCGCAUUCAGACGCACCCUCACACACUCACUCGCUCCCCGAAAUGUCUGAUUCCACUGUCAACGCGCACUUGGAAGGGAUCAUAUCAGACUUUGAAGCGCUGAAGCGGUCGUUCGAGGUGGAGGAGGCGGAUUCCUCCGCGACCUCCUCGCCCCUGACUCGCCGGAACACCAACCCCCUCCGCUCAUCGUCCUCCUCCGCGUCCAGCCAGCGCAGCUACGACCUGAGCUCCCGCAACUCCGACUUCUCCUCCACCAGAUCCUCCCCCUCGGAGUCCUCCAACCCGCGCUCCCCGAAGGCGGGCAUGAGGCGCGUGGAGUUACCGGGCCGUAACCCCGACGCGGCCUCGUCCCGCCGCACCGAGAUGUCCAUUGAGGUGUCCUCUAAGCAGAUUGACAGCUCGCCCAGCGCUGGCAUUGCCCGCUUUGGUCUCAAGCGCCCCGAGGUCAGCUUGAGCAAUCGGAGUACUCACCUGGACAGCUCCUCCAACUCCGUCGCCGGCUCCGCAAACCGGCGGGCGGAGCUCAGCGCCACGCGGCCCCACGACCCCCCGGCGCCGCCCAAGAGGGUCGACGCCCAGCUGUCCUCGCCGCCGAUCUCGAGGAUCCCCGAGCCCCCCCAGAGAAGAGGGGAGCCCGCGUCCCCGAGCACCGGCUCCGGCGAGGGGGCCUCGAGGAGGCCGGAGAUGCCCGUCUUCAGGCAGCCGGACGGAUUGGUGCCGAGCGGCGCACUGGAGGACGACGACGACUACCACCACAACCACCCGCCUCCAGCUCCCAGUGCUCCUCCGCCUUCCCUGACAGAGCCGAGGGUGGAGAGGAUGCGGUCCCCUGUCACAGAGGCCCCCCUGGCCCGGCCAGCACACAGGCUGGAGGUGAAUUCCAGCUACAGCAGCAGUGCCAUGUCUGAGGCGGUGGUGCCUGAUGCGACGGUGUCCCCAGCGGCCGGUGGGCCGUACGGCGAGAAGGCCGGGGGCCCCGGGGUGGACUUCAGCUACGUGGGCAUCGACGCCAUCCUGGAGCAGAUGCGGAGGAAGGCCAUGAAGCAGGGUUUCGAGCUCAACAUCAUGGUAGUGGGACAGAGUGGCCUGGGAAAGUCUACUCUGAUGAACACCUUGUUUAAGUCUAAAGUGAGCCGUAAGUCGGUGCUGGCUACAGCGCAGGAGAAGAUCCCCAAAACAAUAGAAAUAAAGUCCGUCAGUCAUGACAUCGAAGAGAAGGGAGUGAGAAUGAAGCUGACUGUCAUUGACACACCGGGUUUUGGAGACCAGAUCAACAAUGAGAACUGCUGGCAGCCCAUCAUGAAGUUCAUCAAUGACCAGUACGAGGCGUACCUGCAGGAGGAGAUCAACAUCAACAGGAAGAAAAGGAUUCCGGACUCCAGAGUCCACUGCUGCAUAUACUUCAUUCCCCCGACCGGACACUGUCUGCGGCCUCUGGAUGUAGAAUUCAUGAGACGUCUCAGUAAAGUGGUCAACAUUGUCCCAGUCAUUGCCAAGGCAGACACGCUCACCCUGGAGGAGAGGGACUUCUUCAAAAAGAAGAUCAGGGAAGAGCUGCGAGCCAACGGGAUCGACGUGUACCCUCAGAAGGAGUUUGACGAGGACGCCGAGGACCGAAUGAUAAACGAGAAGAUCAGGGAGAUGAUCCCGUUUGCGGUGGUGGGCAGCGACCAGGAGUACCAGGUCAAUGGCAGGAGGCUGCUGGGGAGGAAGACAAAGUGGGGAACCAUUGAAGUCGAAAACAUAGCCCACUGUGAGUUUGCCUAUCUACGGGAUCUCCUCAUCAGGACCCACAUGCAGAACAUUAAGGACAUCACCAGCAGCAUCCACUACGAAAUGUAUCGCGUGAGGCGCCUCAACGAGAACAACACGGUGGUGGCUCACGCCAACGGCGUGCCGGAACAUCACCUGGCCGCCCACGAGAUGUAGAGGCCAGCCGCCGCGCCGCCGCAGUGCACCUCAACGGGUUAUAAUUCAUUUACCGUGAGACUUUGACCCUCAUUGAGAGUCUUCCAGCCCUCCGCUCCACCCUUCUCCAUCUCACAGGUGGGACAGAAACGUAAAAGCCGGCCAGAGGGGACUUUAUUUUUCAAUGCCACUCGGACUGUUCAUGUCAGUUCAUUGCCUCGUUACACCAUCAAGAGAGUGAAGAGAAGUUUGAUUCUCCUUCAUGAGAUCCGCAUCCCGAUCUCAUGGUUUACUUUUGUGAUUUUUCUUUUCUUUUCCUUUUGGUACCAAACAUUGAGGCAACCGUCAAACAGAAACGACUUACACUUAAUAGCUUUUAUUGCCACAGUUGCCUUAAGCGGUGUCAUGUUAUACUCAACUUUUCUUUUUAAGUUUUAUGUUUUUAAUCCGUGCUUAGAAAUAAUUAUUGCACAUGAUCACUACAUUGUCUGUCUUUGGAAAAGCAUGUUUGAACAUCAGCUCCCUCAACGUAGAUAAACAAGAUAAGGUGAUCAAGCAGCGCAUCAUGUGUUUGAUCCCUUUUUUGUCACAAGCUGUUUGUAAAAUAUGGAUGUCAGUUUGUUUCUGUCUUUCUAAAAUCUCCAUUAAUGUCCAUGUUUUUUAUUAAAAAUAUCUUAAGAGUGAUUUAAGAGGAAUAAGUAUUUAUGCAUGAUAUAAAAUGUGAAAGUUUAUCAUCCAUUGUGGUCCACUUAAUCAGAUUAUUUACACACACACACUUCCUGCUUUUGGGCCCAUCGUAGUGCCUUAUUUAUUGGAGAAUGUUUGCAAGCAUUUUGGCUGAAACUGGAAAGAGCAGGUUUGUUGUUUAGUACAGUUGGUUAUUUUUUUAAUCUAAAUUCCAUUUGUUUAUUUCCAGUUCUCCAUUGACCAGCCCACUCUUUUUUAUGAUAUACCAAGGAUCCUUAACAGUUUGAACCAUACAUUUCUCUAAGCCGUCACCGUCAUGCCCGGUUCUGUAUAUUCUUGUGCUCUCAUACAUGUUUUGUAUUUGUACUAUUGAUGAUAACACAUUUUCUUUUCUUUUAUUUUAAAGAAAUAAAGAGCUGUAAAUAUACAA